AUGGCGAGGCGGCUGGAGCAGAGAGAAAGGAUCGGCGAGGAACGUUGUCCCGAAGUGUGGGGGUCUUCGCCAAGAGUCAAAGAAGAAGACUCUGAUGAAUUUGAACCCGCCGAAGAUAUUGGAAAAUGUAUCAGCUCGGCAUCAGAUUUGGAAGAUGAAGAAAAGAAGACCAAGAAUUUUUCAGAGGACAAACUGAAGAAGAGAAGCAAGAAAAAUAAGAGCAAAAAGUCCAAGAAGUCCAAGAAAAAAAAGGUAAAAAGCCGAAAGUCCUCAAGAAGCGCAGAGUCUGAAGAAGAGGAGGAAACUGGCGAAAUUAAUUGGUUUGAGAAAGGCUCUGCCGACGUGGGACCUGAAGCGCCGCUCGCACUCCUGUCUCAGGACGAGAAACCUUUAGAUUAUGGUCACGCAUUGCUGCCAGGUGAAGGCGCGGCCAUGGCAGAGUACGUUAAAGCUGGGAAGCGUAUUCCAAAAAGAGGCGAAAUUAGCCUGACGAGCAACGAGAUUGCAGCCUUUGAGAAAUCAGGAUACGUGAUGAGUGGUAGCAGGCAUCGCCGCAUGAAGGCCGUGCGUCUGCAAAAGGAGAACCAGAUCUACAGCGCCGACGAGAAGAGGGCGCUGGCAUCUUUCAAUCUGGAGGAACGUCAGAAAAGGGAGACCAAGAUCCUGUCUAUUUUCAAGGAGAAAAUAUACAGGAAGAUAAAAGAGAAAGAGGAUAGGAGAUAA